AAAUUCUCCUAGACCAAUAAAUUAACUGCAAUAGCCAAAAGGACCUGUUCUUGAACGCUAUAAAAUAAACGUUCUAUUCCAAACUCUUUUCGGAGAGCAAGAUAACUUUUUAGCUCGGCGCACACUUCGACAAUUUUGUGUCAAACGCCACAGGCCUUUGUUCUUUUUGAAGCCUCCACUAUGGGAAACACACACAACCAGAUGAAGAUGAGGUACCCGGCUGAAGCAGAGUAUCCUGAUCUGACCAAGCACAACAACCACAUGGCUAAAGCACUCACCCCUGCCAUAUAUGAGCGCCUGCGCAGCAAACAGACAUCCAGUGGCUUCACGCUGGAUGAUGUGAUUCAGACUGGAGUCGAUAAUCCAGGUCACCCCUUCAUUAUGACUGUGGGCUGUGUGGCUGGAGAUGAGGAGACCUAUAAGGUGUUUAAGAAGCUGCUAGACCCUGUAAUUGAGGACAGGCAUGGAGGAUACAAGCCCAGCGAUAAACACAAAACUGACCUAAACCCAAACAACCUCAAGGGUGGGGAUGAUCUGGAUCCUAACUAUGUGUUGAGUUCUCGUGUGCGAACUGGCAGGAGCAUCCGUGGUUUUUGCCUGCCACCACACUGCAGUCGUGGAGAGAGGAGAGAGAUUGAAAAACUCUCCAUGGAAGCUUUAGGUGCCCUGACUGGAGACCUGAAGGGGAAAUACUAUGCUCUGAAAAAUAUGACUGAAGGAGAACAGCAGCAGCUGAUUGAUGACCACUUCUUGUUUGACAAACCUGUAUCUCCCCUGCUGUUGGCCUCUGGAAUGGCCCGGGAUUGGCCUGAUGCCAGGGGAAUAUGGCACAAUGACAAGAAAACAUUCCUUGUGUGGGUGAAUGAGGAGGAUCACUUGCGUGUCAUCUCCAUGCAGAAAGGUGGCAACAUGAAGGAAGUGUUUAAUCGUUUCUGCACAGGCCUCACAAAGAUUGAGGAGCUAUUCAAGAGUAAGGGGCAUGAGUUUAUGUGGAAUGAACACCUGGGCUACAUCCUCACCUGCCCUUCUAACCUGGGUACAGGUCUGCGUGCAGGUGUGCAUGUCAAACUCCCCAACCUGAGUAGGCACAAGAAGUUUGAACAUGUGCUUAAGAGAUUACGCCUUCAAAAGCGUGGAACAGGUGGUGUGGACACUGCUGCAGUGGGUGGUGUGUUUGAUAUCUCUAAUGCUGACCGGCUGGGCUUCUCUGAGGUGGAGCUUGUUCAGAUGGUGGUAGAUGGAGUGAAGCUGCUGGUGGAGAUGGAAAAGCGACUAGAGAAAGGCAAAGCCAUUGAUGACCUAAUACCUGCCCAAAAGUAAAUUCAGCAAUCACCCAUCUACCUCACUCCUCCAGAAUGCCCAUUUCAUCCUCACUCCAAAUCAACUCCUAAAAAUAGAGAAAAAUAAAAGAAUGUAUAUUGUAUUUAAGAUGCCCUUAAUAUAGUGACAAAAGAAUUAAACACUCAGUUUAAUGUCUAUUGUCUUGUUCAAACAAAUAUUAAUGAUAGUAAUAGCCAUAAAAAAUUUACCUGUUCAUUUAUAUAAAAACAAACUUUAUAAUAUACAGAUCCUUCAAUAAAACUGUUUCUGAUUCUGA